UUAUAGAGAGAGUUGCUUUUAGAGAGAGUUGCUUAUAAAAAGGUGUUGGACAGCGUGGAAAUAAUUUUUGUCUUGCGGACAAAAAAGGUCGACGCCAUUUUGCCAGCAUAAUUUUAAAAAAUUAAAAAUACAAUUAAAUAAAAAUUAAUUUUAGAUAAAAAAUUUUUUUAAACAAAAAAAGAAUAUAUCCAUCCGGAGGCAAAAAAAUGCCGAGUAAUUAUUUAUUAAUUCUCGGCAUUUUUCUUCUUUUAAAUUUUUGUUAUUCGAGAGUAUAUGAAGUAAAGAUUGAGGAUGAUUGGAAAGAAGAAUCCCCUUAUAGCUAUAUAAACGGUGGAGUUAAAAAUGAAAAACCGUUUGAAUGUGUUCUUCGAGAAAUUGAAACAGAAAAAGAAAUUGAAGGGGAAUACAAAAAACAAAAUAAUGCGGACAUUUGUGAAUUUAAAAUUAAAGAAGAAGGGGAUGAAGAAGGGAAAGUCCAAAAGAAAUUUUCUCAAGUAUUGGAAGACUUGAAAAUGAGUUUGCAUUUAAAAUUGCCGAAAAAUCCGUUGGUUAUAGAACAGCUAAAAGGAAGUGAACAUAUAAUAGGAGGUGACCUUCCUCAACAGGAAAUAUCUCGUAAUUCUACGGACAUAAAAGAAACAGAAAAUGGGACUUUUGUGAAUAUAUUAUUAACGGAAUUGAAACAAAUAGAAACAAGCAAAAUAAAACCGACAGAGUCGAUAGACAAAGAUCCGAGCGAAGAAAACAAAAAUAAUAUAAAAUUUGAAAUUGCGGAAACUGAGAAAGAAAUUGAACAAGUAAUUAAAAGAAGAGAAUUAAUUUUGAGAAAUUUGGAUGAAAGUUAUUUUCAAAGAAUUUAUUUGGAAGCUAGAGAUGUUAAUUUGGAAAAAAAGGAACUUGAAAAAAUUAAGGGAAAAUUAAGUAAAGAAGACUACGAUGCUAAAGAGGAUGCAUUAAACCAGUCAAUUUUGGAAUUACAAUUUAAAAUUUGUGAUAUAUUAUUUAAAGAUGAUCGAAGUAAAAAAAUCGCUUUGGCAGAAGAAUAUGAAAAGAAAAAACCAGCUAAAAAACCUGGAGAAAAACCAGGUAAAAAAGCUAAAGGAGUAAAAACAGAAAAGAAGACAAAAACAAAAGUAGCAAAAGCAAAACAGGCUCCAAAAAAGAGAGGAAGAAGACCUGCAAAAAAGGAAGAAUCUGACGAAGAAGUAGAAUUUGAAGAUGAGGAGGAUGAAGAUGAAGAAGAGGAAUUUGAAGGAGAGGAAGAUGAAGAUGAGGACAAGCAAGAGGAGGACAAGGAAAAAGAAAACACUCGGAGAAGCACUCGGACGAGAAAACAGACAAAAAAAUACUCAUAUGAUGAUGAUGAAGAAGAUAACGAGGAUGAAGAAGAUGAAGAAGAGAAUGCUAAAAAAAGGAAAGGAAAAGGGGUAAAAAUAGUAGAUGAAUUAUAUUCUGCUGUAGAGGAAGCCUCAGACUUGGAGGAGAGACAAAUGCAGAAAGCUAUAGAAGCCUCAAAAAGACAAACUCAUGGAGCGGAAGGUACAAGCAAACCAAUUAAUGUUCCGUUCUCAAGUGAAUAUGAAAAAAACGAUCAAUUCGACUUGAAUGAAGCAGCAGAACCUUCAUCACCACGAUUUCCUUCACCAACCCCAGAAAACGAACACUUAACACCACAAUCCCCAGGCCCAAGAACUUUAAACCACCAUCCUUCUUUUGCUUUUAGAACGGAGACUUCUAAUAAAGAGACUGAUGCUUCAGUAAUAUCUCAAUUAGAAAAGGAACCAACACCUCCUGAACAAUUUACUUUUCAGGCAUCUGGACAACCACAAACAUCCUCUUCAAGUGGACAACAAAAUGCUCAAGACAAGGAUAAAGCAAAUUCAAGUGGAGCAGAAACCAGUCGAGAUUGGCUUGCAAAUUUGACGAAAAAGAAGAGAACAACAACAACAACCGUUAUAGUAACAGAACCACAAACAACUUCAAAAGACAAAGAUUUUCUGGAAACAGCAAAUAAAACUAUACAAGGAAUCGAUCCAAAUUUGGCCGAAAAAACAUUGGAGGAAAUUUUAAGAGGAGGGAAUGAACAAAAUAAUGAUAAAGAAAAGGAAAGUGAAAAAAAUAAUGAUAAAGGAAAUGAACAAAAUGAACCUCAAAUUGAAGUAAAACAAGAGAAGGAAAGCCCAAAUAGAACAGAAAAAGAUAAACCAAAGGAAAAGAAAAAACGGGAAAAUUCUUCUAAAAGAAAAAAUACUGAAGGAGAAACUAGUAAAGAAAAAAGAAAAAAAUCUUCAAGAGAUGAUCAGAAGAAAAAAGAAGAGGAAAAGAAGAAAGAAAAGGAGAUAAGAAAGCAAAAGGAAAGGAAGGAGAAAGAAGAAAAGGAGAGGAAAGAAAAGGAACGGAAGGAAGCGGAAAAGAAGAAAGCGGAAAAGAAGAAAGAGGAAGAAAAGAGAAAAGAGGAAGAAAAAGGGAAGAAAAAAGAGGAAGAAAAGAAGAAAACUAAAGAUCAACAAAAAUCAAAAUCUUCAAAGGACAAAACAUCGAAGGAAGAUUUGAUAAAAGUUAAAAAAGAAAAGGGGGCAGAACCUUCUUCCAAAGAUUCUAAAAAGAAAGAUAAAGGAGUUAAUCCACCAAUUAAAAUAAAAGUAGAACCUGGUGAAGUAAAAAAAGAGAAGAAAGAAUCAUCAAAAGACAAGAAGAGGAAGAAUAGUGGAGGGGGGAGUAGUAGUAAAAAAGGAGGAGAAUCUUCAAAUAGUGAUAAAAGAAAGACUUCUAGCGGUGAUAGAAAGAGUAAAAAACAAAAAAUUGGGACAACAAAUCCACCAAAUCCUUUGCAAACACAAAAUAAUCCUCCUCGUAAAUCUUUAAAUUUAUAG